AUGAAAGUCAAAGAGUAUGAACUGAUCAAGCCCCUCAAUGAGAAGCUCACCUCCUUCCUUGCCAAGGCACGUUUAGUGGAACGACAGAACAAGACUCUGGAGGCCACAUGGAAGCUGCUCCAGCAGCAGGGCCCCAGUUCCCUCCCAAGCACCGACAGCCUUGACUCUUUCGAGGGCUUCAUCAGCUCUCUGCAAGGUGAUUUGGAUGACAUCACUUUGGAGAGAGGCUGCCUGGAUGAGGCAGAGCUGAGGAAUAUGCAGGGCACAGUGGCAGACUACACAAGAAAAUAUGAGGAUGAAAUCAAUAAAAGAAAAGCUGCUGAGAAUGACUCUGCGGCUCUGAAGAAGAAUGUGGAAUCUGCCCACAUGACCAGAAUGAAGCUUCAGGCCAUCAACUUUCUGAGGAAACUCUUUGAGGCAGACUUAUCCCAGUUGCGGGACCAUGCCAGCGACACAUCCAUGGUCCUCUCCAUGGACAACAACCACAGCCUGGACUUGGAUAGCAUCAUUUCUGGGAUCCGUAUCCAGUUUGAAGAGAUUGCCCAGAGGGACAAGGUAGAGGCUGAGCUUCUGUACCAGACCAAGUUGGGGGAGCUCCAAAGCACAGCUGGCAGGCAUAAAGAGGACCUGAGGAGCAUCAACAACCAGAUGGUAGACUUCAGCAGGAUAAUCCAGAGUCUUCAGGCAGAGGUGGAGAAUGCCAAAAGGCAGAAUGAAAAGCUGGUGAGCUCCAUCACGGAAGCUGAGCAGCAUGGGAAGACAGCCCUCAGGGAUGCCAACACCAAGCUUCAAGACUCACAGGUUUCCCUGAAGAAGGGCAAAGAUGACCUGGUCAGGCUGCGGAGAGACUACCAGGAACUAUCGGAUAUCACGCUAACCUUGGAUAGAGAGAUCGCUGCCUACCGCCAGCUGCUGAAGGGUGCUGAGUACAGGUGGGCUUCUAAUCUUCCUGAUCUGUGUCAUAGUCUGAGGACCACACAACGUGUGGAUGAAGCUGCCCAGGCUAUUGAGUUCAGUUAUCACAACGAGUUAUCACCUUGA